AUGGAUCCUCCGCCCACUGGAACGGACCCUCAGGCCCACUCAUCCCCAGCCAGUCCGACCUACGGUCCGCCCGCUGGAACGGAACCUCCGCCUACCGGAACGGACCCUCCGGCCCACUCAUCCCCGACCAGUUCUGCCUUCGGGCCGACCCCCAGAGCUGCUGCCUGGCCACUCCAGUCCCGUCCAGUCCUGCUCUCAGUUCACUGUGAAGUCAGUUGGUCGAUGUUCAUCAUGAUCGUGCUGCUGCUCACGCUCCUCACAGCCUCUGGAUGUCUCAGCAGCAGAGUUGUCGGUCGAACAGGUGAGAACAUCACCUUCACCUGUAAGUACAACAGAAAAUCCUACGGAGCUCUGUCGGUUUGCUGGAAUCUAGGAGACAUACCAAGCAGGGGUAUGUGCGACAACCAGCUGAUCUCCACAGAUGGAAAUAAAGUGAAAGAACAGAGCGGAGUUUCCAGCAGGUAUCAGCUGAUGGGACGACUGGACCAAGGGGACGUUUCUCUGACGAUACUGAACCUAAGAGAGAAUGAUACUGGACGCUACGGAUGCCGGGUAGACAUACCUGGAUGGUUCAAUGACGAAAAACAUCACUUUGAUCUGACCGUUAAAGGUAAGAGGCAACUUGUUUAACCCAUUUUUAUGUACAUUCUCAAUUUACACAUAAAAACAUCGGAUUUGCUUAAACACAAAAUACAAAGAUUAGGUUUAACAUUCUGACCACUGACAGGUGAAAUGAAUAACACUGAUUUUGUCUUCAUCAUGGCUCCUGUUAGUGGGUUGGAUAUAUUAGGCAGCAAGUGAACAUUUUGUCCUUAAAGUUGAUGUCAGAAGCAGGAAAAAUGUUCAAGUGUCAGGGUUUGAACACAAGACGACUGGGUCAGAGCAUCUCCAGAACUGCAGCUCUUGUGGGGUGUUCCUGGUCUGCAGUGGUCAGGAUCUAUGAAAAGUGGUCCAAGGAAGGAACAGUGGUGAACUGGCGACAGAGUCAUGGACGGCCAAGGCUCAUUGAUGUACGUGUGGAGGAAUGCUGACCUGAGUG